AUGCAACUCCUUACUGUUGUCGGCGCUAUCGCCGUUUUGUCUAAUGUCGUUUCGGCGGUUCCUCAACCGAGCGAGAAAAUUGAACAAAUUCAAGAAAAACGUUGGGGCUGGCCGUGGAGUACUGAUUCGGGAAAAGGUGGACAUGGACAUGGAGGUGGUUCGUGGGGUGGCGAUGAUAAUGAUGAUGAUGAUGAUGAUGAUGACGACGACGAUGAUGAUUCGAAUACUUCGAUUCGAUUACUCUUGCCAUUUACACAUCCGCAUUUGGUGGCUGAAGAAACGGGAACUAGUACCACGGUUUCUGGUACUUCCUUUUCGACAUUUGUAUCCAGCUCAUCUAUUGGUAGCUCUUCGGCAACAAAUGUCUUCGUUUCCGGAGGUGGAGCUCUCUCAACUACAGUCUCAACUAUUUCUACAAUUACAGAUCCAAUUCUUUCAGCUACCCCCAUUGUAAUCGAAACAUCAACAUCUCCAUCCCCAUCAUCCACUCUCUCCGCAACCCUCAUCAUCGACAACACAUCCCUCACUCUCUGCUCCGCACUCUCCACCAGCAUCGUCACCGUUACCGAGAGCUGCACUAGCACACAAUGGAUUACUGUUAUCGAGAGUGGUUCUUCGACUUUCACUCCUUUACCAUCUACAAGCCCCGUACCAGUAUCGGCGACUUGGACCACCACACCGUUGCCUUCGGGCUCGCCUUCAGGAGCUGUGAGUAACGGAGGUAAUUCGACGGGGAUUUGGACAGUCACUCCAGUGGAAACGUCAAGUAGGAUUUGGACGACGAGUAUGGGGAAUGCGAGUGUGAUUUCUUCUUCUUCUUCUUCUUCUUCUUCUUCAGCACUGGAAACGGGAACGGGAUCGACGACCGGGUGGACGAGUAUCAGUGCAGCACCUUCUGUAUCGAGAAAUUCCUCAUCGUGGGUUUUGUCAUCUUUAUCAUCAACAUCGUCAUUGAUAUCAGUAACAUCGACACCGGCGACUUCAACUCAAGAAUCUACUUCGACGACUCUUCUUUUUUCUACAACUACGAUUCCCUAUUCCUCAUCUUCAUCCUCCCUCUCAUCCUCGUCAAUCUCCAGCUCCCUCCCAUUCCCCUCCUCCUUCUCCUCCCUCUCCAUCCCCGCCCUCCCCAUCUCCACCGGCACCACCGAUCUCCACCCCAGCACCACCAUCGCCUUCACCACGACCGUCACGACCAUCCAAGCGAGCGGAACCCCCAAUCCCGCCGCGGUCCAUUGCGGACUACAUGGCUUACCGGUGGGAGAUUACUUCCUGGCCGAGUUUGUGGAGGAUAAGGCCGGAGUGCCGGUUACGUUGCAGGGGUGUUGGGAGUUUUGUGAUGGCGUAUACGGCAUAGAUAAAGGAUGCGUCUCCUACUCCUUCUAUCCGGAACCGGGCACGGGCGCACCCAGAUGUGAUCUCUUUGGUGGCAGCGUGGCGCAGAGCUUGGAUAGCAUUAUUCCGAGUGUGCCGAAUGUGUGGUUCGAUUUGGAGUGUGGGGAUCCGACGUUGAGGGGGUGA